AUGUCAUCCAGAAGACCAAAAGCACAGGUCAUACGCAAUGAAUCGAGUGAUGAUGACUUAGGCGGGAAGAGUGCUGACAAUGUCCAAAAGACAAAACAAAGAAAACCUAAGCUAAAGCUUAGGAACAAAAUGAAGGUUUUGAAAUAUGAAGAGCAUGAAGAAGACAACAAUCAAGCAGACAGUGAUACGGUUGAUCAGAUCACGUUUCAAGUCAAGAGAAAAGAGAAAAAGUCCAAGUCAGAGCUACCACUAUUUGGUCAAUUGGAUAUUGAAGAACCACCCCAGAAUAUUCACAGUCUAGAUGACUUGAAAGUGAAGACGAGAGAGCAACAAGAAGCUUUCAAUGAUCAUGACCAGAAAACAGAGCAUAGCAAACCAUAUAUUAGCUCUGUAAAACCCAGUCCCCCAAAUAUUAAUGAGUACGAUAAUUCACCAACAGACUUGAAGAAUAAUGUCUCAAAUAUAAGUGAUAAUUCCCACGACGAUUUCAUUCCUCUGGAUGUGUCUGAUAGUGAAGAAAUUACGAUGCAAAAUGUCAAUGUUGACUUGUUGGACGAUGGUAGGUUACCUGUAACAGAAAAAGAGGAAAUUUUACAGAGGAAACUAGAACAAAAAGAGAUGGAGCGUAACUUCUAUGAUGUUGAAUUAUCCAGUGAUAAUGAUUUGGAAAUGGAUGACUGGGAGGCAUCCAAGCUAAAAAGUGGAAAUAUCCUAAAGUCUGAUAUAAAAAAACCUUUGAAUUUACCCAAAUUGAACCUUGUUGCAGAGGAGUCACUUGUGAAUGAAAUAACUCAUGUGAAGGACAUGAUUGACCAGCUUCAAAUUAAACUAAAGCAAAACGAGUUAGAUUCACAAAAUAUACAAAAUAGAAAAGCUGAAAUUUUGAAGAACAAGGAAAAUACCACUAAAUACCUCCAGAAGUUGGUUUUAGAUUUUAAAGAGAAUUGA